CCCGGAUGUCUGACGUCAUAAUUGUGAGACGAUGCUCUCUCCGACGAGGGCAUGACUUUUUGAAUAAGCACAGUAGAUUGAAUAAACGUCCCGGGAUUAUACUGACGCUAUAUCUUUACAAUGUUGGCCCUUAAACGGAGCUUGAGCGGAACUAUGCUCUCUGCUCUGCGGGUGUUUCACACUAACCAAGUUUUUGUUGUGUCCGGCCAUGUGCAGCAGAGAUGUGUUUCCACACAGACAGACGGAGAGGCCCGGAUCGUUAACAUACUGAAGGAGAAGUUUCCAUCGGCCGCAUCGCUUAAAGUUGUGGAUAUAUCAGGUGGUUGUGGGGCCAUGUAUGAGAUCCAUAUAGAGUCGAGUGAGUUUAAAGGAAAAAGGACCAUCCAACAACACAAAUUAGUCAAUGAGGCCCUUAAGGAAGAGAUUCAAGGAAUGCAUGGACUGCGAAUAUUCACUGAUGUUCCAAAACAUUAGAGAAAGUCCUUUCCACUGUUGACCUCUUCCUUUGUUCAUCAACUGUAUACCAAAUGUACUAUUUUAGAGGAUAUUGUGUAGUAAGUGAAAUCUAUAAUAAUGUUUAAUGUGUGCAGGGAAGCAGAGGGGCACAUAUUAAGAAUGUGACAUUUGUAAUAUAUCAGAUUACACUAAAUCAUCCUUUUUUAAGAUUGCUAUCUUCUACUCUCAAGAUAAUAUAUAAAACUGGUGAAUACUACAGAACGCACAAAACAACUUGAUCAAAUACUUGUAAGAUGUGAAGUAAUGUAGGUUUCUUUGUCUUCUCAGGGUUGAUAAUAUUGAUGGUGUGAUGAUAAGCAUGGAAACAAGUAUACAUAUAACCGUUCCAAGCAUUAAAGAGUUAGGCUACUACAGACCCUUUUUUUAAGCAGUAUUUUUCAAUUUUAAAUUGACAAAAACUGAUCAUUGAAUUGUACAUA